ACAUUUCUCAGUGUGCUGGAAAGAGUAAAAGAAGAGCAGAAGUAAAAUGAAGCUUCAGUUGAUGAAGAUUCUCCUCACAUUCACUUUCUACCUAAUAUCAGGUCCAGUGGGCUGUGUUGAUGUGAUUGGUUAUUCAGGAGGAAGCGUCAUUAUAAUCUCUAAUUUAAAGGUGAAUUCAGAAAAUAGUACCUAUAUUUGUAAGAUGGAAAACCUAGAGUGCAAAGAAAAAAAAAGGAUAAACACUGGAAAGAACCACAGUCAAGAGGAAAAAUUCAGACUUUAUAAAAACACACAGGGAUCUUUGACAGUGUUUAUCAGAAAGCUGAAGCCACAGGAUGCUGGAACGUACACCAUGGGAGUGGGAACUUCACAGAAGACUAAUGUGAACCUGAAAGUUCUUAAUGAUUCUUGUUGUGUGGGGCCAAAAAUAAUGAAUGGUUUUCAUGGACAGAACACAACCUUCAUCUGUAACUAUCCAGUGGAGUACGAGAAAGACUACAAGUAUAUAAGGAAAAUUGAUAAUGACAGUGUUGUUAAAGUCAUUCUUAAUACUGCAACAAAACCUCAAAAUGGCAGAUUCUUCUUUUCUGAUGACAGACAUGUUAAAGUUCUCAGUGUGAACAUCAGUGAUGUGAGUGAAGAUGAUGAUGGCUUUUAUUUAUGUGGAGUGCAUAAGCGUGUUUUCCCUAUAGGAUAUUACUCCUACUUCUCAGAGGUUCAGCUACAGAUUACAGUACCAACAGAGAUCUCAUCUGAUGCAGUGUAUUCGAUUUCUUCCCGUGUCAUCAUCAUCAGUGUGUGUGUCUGUGUGGCUCUGUUGCUGAUUGGUGGAUUUGCACUGAUGAUCUACAAACAGAGACGCAAAAGGAUAUUAGUUUUAACAACUUUAUCUAAAGGCAAUGAACAGGUUCCCCCUGCUGCUCUUGUCUAUGAGGAGAUUAAUCACAACAACUACAUUUCUGUCUCAAACACUGAACUUUAUAUGAGUGUUGCAUCACCGACUAACCCCGAUAAAGAGAUCUUCUUCACAGUACAACCACCUCAAGAACAGAAUCUCACUUACGCCACUGUGACUUUCCAGAAGAAUCCAAAUGAUGAUUCAGUGCCAUUCAGUAAGGACGACUCUUCCACUGAAUACGCCACUGUCCGACACCAACCAAGGCUGGAAUAAUUUUAUUAUGUUUUCAACAAAAUAUAUUUUCAACAAAAUAUUAAUUAUACAAUUUCUUAAUUGAAAUUAUAUAAACAGAUCAGCAAAUAAAAUGUCAGUUUUUUGUUGUUGUAAAAUAACCAAUUCACACCAACUGGUAUGACAUUAAAUGCAAUCUUUUCUAAUACAUAAAUUAAUAACUAGACAUUUAUGUACAAAUCCUAAUAAGACUUUAAGGUAUGCAAAACUUAAUUUUUAUUUAAUAAAAUUUUCUAUUCAAUUUUAUUCAUAAAGUCAUAAAGCAUGCUGGCUUAGUGGUGAACACUAUCACUUCGCUCCCUAUGAUCUCUGUGCAUGGAGUUUGUUUUCCCUGUAACUGAUGGGCUUUAAGUACAUAUCCUCUCGUUUCUUUUCACAGUCCGAUGACAAACAAUGUAGUUUGACUGUUCGAAAUUUUGUGUGUGCUUGUGCCCUGUGGUGGGUUAGCACUCCAUCCAGGGUGUACCUUGCUUUGUGCUCUAGAAUUCCAGGAAUCCCAUGAAAAGAGGUAUAGACGAAGGUUGGAUGAUUAUUUGGUGAGCAUUAAGCAUUGUGUUUAUUGUAACUUUCAUUCUAAAAUUUGGUUUAUACUGUAUAGUAAGUAUCUUGCAUAUACAGUAUUUGAUUUCUUCUUGCCUUCCUUGUCUCUUCUAGCUUUAUAUUAUCUUGUCUUUCAUUGUUCUAGUUAUUUGUUAUAUAUUUUUGGCUUGCUUGCUA